GUCCCCACCCCCACCGUCACGCCUGCCUCCCAGCUGCGUCCGCCGCUGUCCUGUCUGGCCGCCCCGGUGUCUGCUGCUCCGCCGCUCCGCGCUCUGUCCCGCUCCCAACCCCGGACCCCGAAGCCUCUGCCUCCUCGUUCACCGCCCCGGCUCCCGGACCCUCCCCGCUCCCCCUCCCUUCCACCCGGUGAAUGCACCAGCGCCGCAAACAUGACGGGCAUCGCCGCCGCUUCUUUCUUCUCCAACUCCUGCAGGUUCGGGGGCUGCGGUCUCCAGUUCGAGUCUCUCGCCGAGCUCAUCGUCCACAUCGAGGACAACCACAUCGACACAGAUCCGCGGGUCCUGGAGAAGCAGGAGCAACAGCAGCCCACUUAUCUGGCCCUAAGCUACAUCAACAGGUUCAUGACAGACGCAGCACGGCGGGAGCAGGAGACCAUGAAGAAGAAGGCCACGCCCAAGCUGUCCCUGUCCAUCACGGGCGGAGUGUCCAGGAACAGCACGGCCACGCCUCCCCGCCACACCAGCGGUAACCUGACGCCUCCCGUCACGCCUCCCAUCACCCCCUCCUCCUCAUUCCGCAGCAGCACGCCCACAGGCAGCGAGUAUGACGAGGAGGAGGUAGACUACGAGGAGUCGGACAGCGAUGAGUCGUGGACCACAGAAAGCGCCAUCAGCUCUGAGUCCAUCCUCAGCUCCAUGUGCAUGAACGGAGGAGAGGAGAAGCCGUUCGCCUGCCCCGUCCCCGGCUGUAAGAAGAGAUACAAGAAUGUGAAUGGUAUCAAAUACCACGCUAAGAACGGCCACCGCACACAGAUUCGUGUGAGGAAACCCUUCAAGUGUCGCUGUGGCAAGAGCUACAAGACCUCGCAAGGCCUGAGACACCACACCAUCAACUUCCACCCGCCCGUCUCCACCGAGAUCCUGCGCAAGAUUCAAGGCUAGGGCCCGAGGUCUUGCCACUCAACUACCCCAAACGUAGCCCUGUCCCGACUUUCCCCACUCAUCCCACACACUAAAGGAUCAAGUGCAUGCUUUAAGUUCUCUUACAUAUAUAUAUAUAUAUAUAUUUUUGUCAUCUUUUUGUUUAUGUUGUUAUUUUUUUUUCUAUCCACGUUUAUAUCACUCGUAUUUUUGGAAGAAAAAAAAAAUCUUUGUAGUAUUUUUGUUGUUGUACAUUUGCACAUUCGUAUAUGCUAUCACAUUAUUAUUAUUAUUUUUUUUUCUAUUGUUUGACUUACAUAAGGUGCUAACUGUAAAAACAAACAACAGAAAGAAAAGACAAAAAACAAACGAAAGAAGACAGGAGAAAGAAGGAGACGCGAAACAAGAAGCGCAACCAAGCCCGGCCUUUUUAUUUUUAUUUUUAAUUUUUUUAAACCCCCGCCCGUCGUCGAGCGGGGACGAAGUCGACGUCUCGUGCUGAUGUGAGCUCAGCAGAUGUUACACUCCUUUUUCCGUUAGCUGAGCUUAGAUCUGUGCCUUCACGGUCACUUCUGGGGCUUUGACCGCAAGAGUUAAGUUAUACUUACAAUAGAUAUAUUGUUAAAUAAAACAAUAGACAGAUAUGUAUGUGUACAUAAAAAAAUAUAAAAGUAUUCAUAAGCAUAUACAUAAAUAGUUACACUUUAUUUUCGAGCUUUAUUUUAUAUAUUUUUGUCAGUGUUUUAGAGCUAGUGAUUCUUUCUAUGUAUUACGUGUUCCUUUCAUUCCUUCUUUGCUGAGACGGCCAGUUUAGUUACUUCUCUCACAAAUCCUAUAGAUUAGGAGCCGACACUCCUUUCGGUUUGCUCUCAGAAGCAAGCGCGGUGUUUUACUGUUGAUCAGGAAGAGAACCUGUCAGAACACGGCCCGGGCCAAUUAUCCGCAUCUUUCGCCCCCGUAGAAGGCCAUCCACAUCUCCAGCGUCUCCCUCAUCCAGAGUGCCAGAGCUGCGUCCCACAGGCUUAGCCGCGAGAGCCGGUUAAGCAUCAUGCUGUAUUCUAGUUGCCAAGAUCUUUGCUGUUUGUUUUGUUGUUCCAUGAUCGUUGCCAACAGCUCUCCACUGCCAAACAUUGACCAUACCAUGUGCCUGAAGAGGGAGGGGGGAGGGGAGGGGUAAGGGGAGGGAAGUGGGGGUUGGGGAGAGAGUCAUAAUCACCCCGGAGGUCGCCAAAUGUGUGGCAAUGAAUUUGAUGUUCAUGGCGCCUAAAAAAAAAAAAAAGAAAAUGGAAAGAAACAUGUGGAUGUACAUCAUCAGAAUGUUUUUGCUUUCUGUGUCGUGUGAAAGGAGAGGGUGGACGUGAGAGGGGUCACCAUCUACAACGCGUCGUUCGCGUGUGUUGUAGACAACAGCAUUCCAGUCCAUUGUGUGCGUGUGCGUGUGCGUGCGCGUGUUUUCUGCAGUAUCCAAGUCAUCAGCCUAGAGAGUAUUACUGUAUUGUGUCGUUUCUGCGCCAGGCUGCCGGUUCAACUCCUGUGGAGCAGGACGCUUUGCUGGCCGGCAGCGCUCGUUGGCGUCGCCUAGUGUUGCGGUGGGCCAACUCGUUUGCCCCCUGACUGGGAUUUCAUCAUUUGUUACAAGAGCGGAGCGGCUCAGCAGCAGCAGCAGCAGCAGCAGCAGCAGCGCCGCCGCUCGCCAGGACGCAUUUUGUUCAUGACAUCAUUCUCGUGUGUGCUCGUCGUACGCAGCGUUCGUGCAAGCUCGAGACGCGAGCUUUGUUCUCUUUUGUUUAUUUGAUGGGUACAGUGACCUCUGACGUGCGCACAACCUCCCGUCCUCCAGUUUCGCUGUUGCCAGAGGAACCGCGGGGUCAACAUGGCUUAAAGACUUUUUUCUUUGAUACCACAUUUACAUGUUUUUACAAGGCAGAUAAGAGUAAUUGCAGUACUCCAUUGCCCUCAGCUUGCGUGCCGCUACAAAACCAAGCACAAACACUACUUCUGAGACCCCCAUGUGGGUCCUGAAGCAUCUGUAAAAUGUUGGUACCAGCCUCAGAGUACAUCUGUGGAGCUGCUACCCUGAAAGUUACCCUGAGAUAAUGGUCGGAGCUGCCUCUUAGCGGAGGGAUGGACCAAGAGUGGAGCUGUCAAACACUCGUAAAAAAAAAAACCCAUCCUCGCUUCACUGACAUCACCAUGGCGAUAGUUGGAGCCCUUCACGGGGGCCUAUCACAGUAUUACACAUGUGGGAGAGGAGGAGCGGAGGCUGUGUGCACAAGGAGGGGACGAGGAAGGGAUUUCAAUAUACCGUGUACAGUGAAUGUAUUGUAACGUGCGUCUGUUGUCAAGUGCAUUUAAAUUAUAUUUUCGUAUGUAACGUGGAGACCGACGUUUCCUUUUUUUGUAACGGGGGUACAACAGGAGCAGAGUGACUUGUAAAUGAUGUCAAGCUGUCUUUCUAUACAAAAGAGAAGCUGCUUAAAUGUAAACAGGAAAUGACUGAAAAAAAAAAACAGCAAAAUAAAGUGAAAAGCUCUGUAGCUCA